GUGCCUCUGAAAUUAUCUCGUGUCCUGCGACUCAUGAACUUGGCUUUUGCCUGAGUCGGAGCUGGAUUGAACUCUUGCUCCUCUGGCUAAUGUUCCUGUCGCCUGUCGCCUGUAGUCCAAGCUAGCAAGUCAGCCUACGUCUUUCAAUCACUAACGUCGGCGAGCACUCGCCGGGCUUGACCACGCUUAGCUAAACGAUAACCCUAGGCCACAGCUAUCUCGCAGGGCUAGCUCACCGGAACCCGGCGGUAACCGAGCUUCGGAGGCUAACUGUUAGAGAGGGCGAGUAACAGAGUCCGGGAAUCGGCUCGUCUGAGUCACGAAUCCAGCUGCAGCAUUCGCCAUUAUCAAGGGCUGUGCCUGUCGGAGUCUUCUAUCGCACAGUUUCCAGUCGCACAGCCUUGGGUGGCUGUAUACCGCUUUUGGUCUGCUGUCGAGUUAUAGUCUGCUGUCGCCUUUUAGCCUGUCAGUGUUUUUGCGUCAGCGAUCGACACGAAUCUUGCAGUCAGCCGGUAGUGCAAGCGAUCGCAGGGUUCACGUCAGCCGGUGCAGUGUGUGAUCGACGCGAGUUUCGCAGACAACCGCUGCUGCGAGCGAUCGACGCGAAGCUCGCAGGCGGCGAAAUGGACGCUGCGAUGACGACCCAGAGCGCUGCUGAUGUGCCUGAAACCGGUGGUGACUGUAACGAGGGGAAGGCCUCCCAGGCUGUCAGCCUUCCAGAUGCGUGGCGGGAGAGAUUCAGGGACCUGAUCACGACCCAUCUGCGCAUGGACGGCGCCAUGCAGCAGCAGGCCACGGAGCUCUUCUCCGCCUGCUACGCCCUCCUCGCCCCCUCCAUCGCCUCCUUCGGCGCCCCCGAGUCCCCGGACGACAGCGAGCGUGCGUGGAGUGCGUGCAUCCUAUUCGUGGUGCGGAAGCUGGGUCCCGCUAAGGCAGCAGAGGAGGCGGCCGCCGGAGCAGGACAAAUCUCGCCGCCCGGGUCGUCGCGGUCGCAGUGGCCGUGGUUCACUCUGUCGGAGCUGCUGCGAGCCACCAAGCUCACAGUGGUGGAUUUCUUCAAGGAGAUCGCCAACUUCCUGCCACGUGUCAGCUCUGUGAUGCAGUCGGCCUAUGGUGACUCGUGGGAGCAGAGGCUGGAGGUGAAGGAGCUCCAAGCCAACUUCGUGCAUGCCAUCGUGCUCUUUAACCACUACAAGAAGGUGCAUGCAGAGCUGUUCACCAGCCCUGCUCCCAGCUCUCACCCUGGCAUGGCCCCCGGCAGCGCCCCUCCCCCGGGAGCUGCUGCUUCUCAGUUCUCCCGCGAGAUGAGGUUCGGCUGGCUGCUCUUCCUCUCCAUCAAGGCGCACCUUCUCAGAAGGUUCCCGGACCUUGUCACCGCCACGAAUGCGAUGCUCUGCACGCUGGUGGUGCUCAUAGUGCAUGUUCCCCCAUCCCUUCGCCGGUUCUCCUUCUCGGACCCCGUCAGAUUCCCGCGCCGAGCGGGGAGGGAGAGGCUGGUAGACGUGGUGGGAUCAUUGUGUGCGAGCUACAAGGCGGCCGAUGGGGAGGUGGCCGCGCUGUUGGAGCGCACGCACCAGCUCAUGGAGAGAUGGCUAGGGCGCCAGGCAACAGCGAAUGCGUGCGAGCAGCAAGAUGCUGGGGAGCUGUGCACAGACCGCCUCUUCCUGUUCGAAGGCUUGCUGCAAGACCCUGCUCUGCUGCCGAGUGUGGAUCUGGUGGAGGGCGCGUACCAGGAGGCGUAUGUGGAGGCGGGGGAUCGGGCUCUGGACGAGCGGAUGUUUCUGUCGGGGGACAGCCAGGUCAUUGGCGCUGUGUCCCAGCUCACUGCCGCCUCUAGUGUCGGUGCAGCCAAGCGCUCCAUGCCUCCCCCUUCCCCCCUCAAGAGCGCCCCCAUGGGCGCCAUGAACACCCCCUCCUCCCCCUUCGCCAGCACCAUGGGCGCAGGGGGAGGGGGAGGGGGGGCGGGGGGAAGCACCACCAUCACCAUCGCCCCUUUCUGCUCCCCCGCCCGCUCCUUCCUCACCCGCCUCGGCCCAGGGGGAAUCGGGGGAGGGGGAGGGGGAAUGGGGGGGGCAGGGGGAGGCGGAGGGGGAGGGGGAGGGGGAGUGCCUGGGACCCCCAUCUCUGCUGCAAUGUCGACAGCUCAUUGGCUGAGAACGGUGGUUUCAGCUUCCCCUGCGGAGCCAUCUCUGGAUCUCCUGCGGUUCCUGCAUGCCUGUGACAAGGACGUAACGGGCGCGGUGGUAACCAGAACCACCCUGGUUUCGCAUGAGAUCUUUGCUGCCGUCUCGCAGAAGAAACGAGCCGCUGCCGCCACUGCAGCAACAGGAGGAGGAGCAGGAGGAGGGAAGGGGUCACCGGGAGAAGCAGGAGGAGAGAAAAACGGAGCAGGAGCAGGGGCAGCUGGUGCUGGUGACGCUGGGAAACAGGGAGGAGAACCAGCAGCAGCAGGAGGAGGAGCAGGGGGGAGCGACCCAGCAGACGCGGCCCUCUGGGCGGAGCAGCGGCGGCAGGAAACCGUAAAGCUCUACUACCGGGUUCUCCUGCGCAUGUGCACGUCCGAGUCCCUGCGCAUGCGCUCCCAGAACCUCACCCCCCUCCUCGACAACGACCGCUUUCACCGUGCCCUCCUCGCGUGCUCAGCCGAGCUGGUCCUAGCCAGCCACAAGGCCACGGCGCACACCUUCCCGGCUGUGCUCGCCCCGGCGGGCGUGUCAGCCUUUGACAUGGACAAAGUCAUGGAGGGGUUUGUGAGGUACGAGGAGGGGCUCCCUGGGGAGUUGAAGCGGCACCUGAACGCGUGUGAUGAGCGGAUUCUGGAGAGCCUUGCGUGGGAGAAGGGGUCUAGUUUGUAUGUGACGGUGGUGGCGGCGAGGAGGCAUUUGCUGGCGGAGGUGCACCGGCUGCAGCUGCUGCCAGAAGGGGAGGAGGUGGCGGGGCUGGUGGGGCGAGGGGGAGGGGGGAAGGGGAGUGGAGGGGAGGGGGAGAAGGGGGAUGGCACGCCGGAGAGCAAGGCGAGUGAAGCGGCCUCCCCGCCGGCCAAGCUCUCCUUUGCUGCAUUCUCCCCCAUGAAGCCGCAAGACAAGAGGGCCUUCGCCCACCUGCAUGCCUCAUUCACCACCCCCUUCCAGCGCGCGUCAGCAGCAGCAUCAGCGCCGCCAGGGGAGAGCCGAUCUGAAAUGCUCUUCAACCAGUUCUGCCAAAAGGUCCUCAAGCUGGCAGUGGUGCGAGUGCGCAGCCUGUGCGAGAGACUCAGGCUCACAGCUGCCGUGUCAGAAAUGGUGUUCCGUGUGGUGGAGCAUGCGGUGGAGGGCGAGGUGCAGCUGCUCUUCUGCCGCCACCUCGACCAGAUCAUCCUCUCCUCCGUCUACGGCGUCUGCAAGGUGUCGCAAGUGGCAGUCACUUUCAAGGACAUCAUCGCGCAGUACCGCAAGUUACCGCACUGCAAACCUUCAGUCUUUCGAAACGUGUUUAUCGACGCCAAGCCACCCCCCGCUGAUUCUGCCUCCAAGGAGCCCGUCCCCCAGCACGGCGACAUCAUCCGCUUCUACAACGAGAUCUUCGUCCCGGCCACCAAGUCCUUCCUGCUACAACUGGGGCAGGGCGCCUCAGCCGCAGGGGGAGGGGGAGGCGCAGGUGGGGGAGCAGCAGGGGGAGGGGGAGGGGCAGGGGGAGUGGGGGAGAGGGGCGCGGGGCACGGAGGGGGCUUGUUGAGGAGCCCUCUCAUCCACUCCUCCCCUGCCUUGGCGCAUUUCCAGCAGCACCAGCAGUCGCCCUCGUCUGUGCCCGGUGCCUCCCCACGUCGUGUGUCAUCCCGCCACAAUGUCUACGUCUCGCCCCUGCCAACCUCUAGGAUGGAGGCCCUACUGGCCUCGCCCCACCGCCAGCUGUCAGCGCAGCUGUCCACGCAACUGCUGGGAGGGGGGCUCUCUGCAGACCCCUUUGCGAGCCCGUCACGGCACCUUGCUGCAAUCAACCAGCGCAUCAGCAGCACCAGGCGCCUGGGUCGCCUUGACUUCUCAGAUGCAAUGGAUGUGGACGCCUCUCGAGCCUCCAGCAUCACGCCCCCGCCUCCCACGCCCGUUGCUCCCAUCGCUGCUCCUCUUGCCGCCACAACCGCUACAGCUGCCGCUACAGCUGCUGCAAGUACUGCUCCUGUUUCUGCUGCUGCUACAACCGCUCCCGUGCCUGCCCCUGUGGCUGCUGCUGUAAAUGGUGACGACGCCAGUGCCACUCCUGCUGCUGCUGUUGAUGCUGGUAGCCCCAGUCUCGAUUCCGGAAGGCCCCCUCUUCCUCCUGCUGCUGCUGCUUCUGUCGCUGCUCCUGGUUCUGCUCCUGCUAUUCCUGUUCCUGUUGCUGCUCCUGUUGCUGCUCCUGCUGCUGCUCCUGCUGCUGCUGGUGUUGCUGGAGCAGCUGCAGGUGCGUUUCCCGUGAACGGAACAGAGGCUGCAGACAUAGCAGAGCAGGCAGCAGAGCAGGCAGCAGAGUAUGCAGUGGGAAACUCAGCAGGGAAUGGGGAGGCGGGACAGCUCUCUUAUUCGUCGGGAGCAGCAACAAUGGGGGUGGAGAGUGGCCCAAUGGGGGUGGAGAGUGGCCCAAUGGGGGUGGGGAGUGCAGCAAUGGGAGCAGGGAUGGGGGUUGAGAUGGGGUUGGGGAGUGCUGGUGCUGUUGAUGGGUCGUGGUGGCAGCAGCAGAGUGCACAGCAGCAGGGGCAGCAGCAGCAGGAACAGCAGCAGCAGGUGCAGCAGCAACAGGAGCAGCAGGGGCAGUACAUUCAAGGGCCGGGGCAGGAGGGGCAGAGUGGGCAGUAUAUGCAGCAAGAGUAUGUGGGUGGGCAUCAGGGCGAGCAGCAGUGGCAGCCACAGCAGCAGCAGUACCAGCAGCAACAACCACUGCAGCAGCAGCAGCACCCACAGCAGCAGUACCAGGAUCAGCAGCAGCAACAGCAGCAGGAGCAGUAUCACUACCAGUAGCAGCAACGACAAGAGUCGCAGUAUCAGGACCAUAAAGCACGCAUCAGCAUCAGAGCAGCACUGACUGGAGAUGCUCGUAACAUCACAAGUGACUCACCUUAUAACGAGGCCUUAGGGGCCUGCAGACUGUUGCACAAAUGAGCCACCUUAUAGCGAGGCCCUUAGUUGCCUCGCUAGUGCAAACAUUACGUGUGGGUGGCCCCUCUAUGAGGGGGUGUGUGGGGUGGAUGGGUGGAAGGUUGGGGAAAGGAGUGUUUGGACUGCCAGAUAUGGGAUGAAAGUAGAGGGAUUGAGAUGGGGGUGAGAAUGGGGAGGGGAUGUGUUGUGUUUCUGAUGUGUGGCUGGCUGGAUUCAGGCUGCAGGCACGCAUUGUGCUAGCGCCUGCGCUUCCCGAACAAUGUGACAUUCGCGCUGUGUUAUGUUACGUGCAAAUCAGACCUUGAAUAACCACAGGGUUCAGCCUGUCAUUUGUACUGGAUAACAGGUAGCAUUUGAGGCACCAGCUCCUC